ACCACCACUCGUCCCAAUCGAACAAAGGAAGCAGCCAAAUCCACUCUUACCUCCCUUCUUUCCAACCAAAAAAAAAAAAUUAAAAGAAAAAAAAUCAUAUCCAACUCAAAAAUGCACACUCCUCUGUUCCUCUACCACCACCUACUCCAUUCUCCUCCUCUCCCUCACCAAAUUCCAUGGCCAAGAAUCCACCUGAAUAAUCCCCUUUGGAUUCUCCACCCUCUCUGUUCCUCACUCUCUCUGCCCUCUUUCUUCACCUAAGAAAUGACUCCUUCUUAUUGCCUAUCUUCUGCAAGGAACACCAUCACACCAGAAGCAUUUCUUCUCCACAAUUCUCAUCUCUAUCUCCCAAAGCACCGCUCUUUUUCCUUUUCAACUGAAACCCACUUCCCAAGGAAAGAGACAAACUUUCUCAGGCCCCAAACACCACUGCCCAAGUCUUUUCUCCCCAUUUUGAGGCUAAACAACUCGAAAAUCACACACCCUUUUGCCAGUUUAUCUUCUUUUGCAGAAGCGGAAGGUGAAAAACAGCAAAACCAAGAUGCGAAAGCUGAAGAACAUCACGAGAAUGCAAAAACAGAGGACCAAGCUGAGUCGCCUGGAAUGGCUCAGGCCUUCCACAUAUCUUCCCGCACAGCUUCAGCCAUUUCCAUAUGCAUAGUAUUUGCAGCUCUGAGUCUUCCAUUUUUCAUGAAGUCUCUGUGGCAAGGCAUGGCCUUGAAGACCAAGAUGUUGUCUUAUGCAACGCUGUUGUUUGGUUUCUACAUGGCUUGGAAUAUUGGAGCCAAUGACGUGGCCAAUGCCAUGGGGACUUCGGUGGGUUCAGGAGCAUUGACGCUAAGGCAGGCUGUUGUAACUGCUGCAGUGUUGGAAUUCUCAGGAGCAUUUUUUAUGGGGACUCAUGUGACAAGCACAAUGCAAAAGGGCAUUCUUGUUGCUAAUGUGUUUCAGGGCAAAGACACUCUGCUCUUUGCUGGCUUGCUUUCUUCGCUUGCUGCUGCUGGUACUUGGUUACAGGUUGCAUCAUAUUAUGGCUGGCCUGUCUCAACAACGCACUGUAUAGUAGGAUCGAUGGUUGGGUUUGGACUUGUCUAUGGGGGAGCAGGUGCUGUCUUCUGGAGCUCAUUGGCAAGAGUGAUUUCUUCAUGGGUUGUCUCACCGUUCAUGGGAGCACUGGUGUCCUUUCUUGUAUACAAAUGCAUUCGUAGGUUUGUGUAUAGUGCUCCAAAUCCUGGACAAGCUGCCGCUGCAGCAGCACCAAUUGCUGUAUUCGUGGGAGUGAGUGGAAUCUCAUUCGCAGCCUUUCCUCUUGGAGAAAGCUUGGCUUUGGCUCUGGCCCGGGCUCUAGCCUGUGGAAUUGCAGGUGCGGUCCUUGUAUACAGAAUUAUCCGAAAGCAGCUAGGUCAUCUCCUCCUCAAGUCCACAUCAUCAGAAGCAGAGCAAAAAGAGGGUACCAUCCACCCAAAAAACAUUGGGUUUCUCUCUGAUAUUGCAGGUCCAACAGGUACCCAGUUGGAAAUAGUAUAUGGGGUCUUUGGAUACAUGCAAAUCCUCUCAGCCUGCUUCAUGUCAUUUGCCCAUGGUGGGAAUGAUGUCUCCAAUGCAAUAGGUCCUUUGGCUGCUGCCUUAACUAUUCUUCAUGGCGGUGCCAGUGGAGCUGAGAUUGUUAUUCCAACUGAUGUUCUAGCAUGGGGAGGAUUUGGAAUUGUAGCAGGUCUCACUAUGUGGGGGUAUAGGGUAAUAGCAACGAUUGGGAAGAAGAUUACAGAACUGACACCAACUAGAGGAUUUGCAGCUGAGUUUGCUGCAGCAUCUGUGGUUCUAUUUGCAUCAAAGCUGGGACUACCGAUCUCUGCAACUCAUACUCUGGUGGGUGCAGUCAUGGGGGUGGGAUUUGCAAGGGGGCUUAAUAGAGUUAGAGCAGAAACAGUGAGGGAAAUUGUGGCUUCUUGGGCUGUGACAAUUCCAGCUGGUGCUUUCUUUUCUGUUGUCUACACAUGGAUCCUUACCAAGCUUUUGUCUUAUAUUUUGUGAGUGUACAUUUGAAGAUAGAAGUGAUGGACAGUUGAUGUAAGUCAUUAAUUAAAAAACACCACUUCUUUUACAGAUUUGUGGAACUAAAGAUCUUGCUUGUGCUCACAGCCUUUUUCUUCUUGAAUUCUACACUCUGGUGUUUCUUCUGUUUGAGUA